AUGUCUGCCCCCGAAGAUCUUGUGAAGCUGGAUGAUUUCCAUAACAUCUUCUCACUCAAAGGGAAAGUUGCAGUCAUCUCUGGCGGGUCGCGCGGAUUGGGUCUUCAUACAGCAAGCGGCAUUCUGCAGGCAGGAUGCUCCCGCGUUUACCUAGUCGCCCGUAGCGAGGGCCCGUUGCACGAUGCCGCCAAAGCCCUGAACGCCCUCUCCAAUAAAGGCCCCGACGCCCGGGCGAUCCCGAUCGUUGCGGAUAUCUCGAGCCAAGCAGGAUGCGCGCAGAUGGCCGCUGAAAUUAGCAAGACCACGGAUCAUGUCGACAUUUUGGUUGCCAACGCUGGUGCAACUUUUAUUGGCCACAUGGAUGCUUACAAAGAAGACGAUUUCGACCGGGUCAUGAAGAUGAACGUCAGCAGCAUAUUCUUUUCGGCUCAAAAAUUAUCUCCGCUCCUUCAGGCUGGUGGCACAAUCCAGGACCCGUCUCGUAUUAUCAUGGUGUCUUCAGUAGCGGGCGUCGUAGUUGGGGACAUGGGCGAGCACGGAACAUACGCCUAUGCCGCUUCCAAAGCCGCUGUCAUUCAUCUCAUGAAGAAUCUCGCCGUGGAACUUGGUCCGAAGCAUAUUACGGUCAACGUAGUUGCACCUGGAAUAGUUCCUAGCCAAAUGAGCGCGCCGCUGAUGGAUCGACAUGGUGGUCUUGAAAGCGUCGCAAAGCAAGUACCGGACCAGAAAUUGGGUAGUCCAGAGGAUGUUGCGGGUGUGAUGGUUUUCCUCUCUUCAAGGGCAAGCAAGCACAUCAACGGGGCAACGAUUGUGUUGGAUGGUGGGAGCUACCUGGUUAGAGGAUGUGCCUAG